UGCAUUCCUGUCAUUGAUUGAGCUUCGAGGCUGGACAUAUUUUUUUGCCAACUAAAAGAAAAUUUUAAUAAACAUAAUGGUUGAAGAAAGCAAUCCACCGGAAAAUGUUGAUAAAAGUGAAGCGGAGCUGGCUCCCGCUCAAAAUGAACCUGUAAAGGUUUUCACAGUAGAGAUUUUACAUAUGAUUAAGGAGGCCCAGCAACAACAUGGCUUGCGUCACGGCGACUUCCAACGUUACCGUGGAUAUUGCACCAGAAGAAUUCGUCGUUUGCGCAAAGCAUUGAAGUUUCCCCAGGGCGAUAAGAGACACUUCAAGCGUCGUGACGUUACUUUGGGACAGUUGACGGGAAAACGUGCCGAUGAGCGUUUUAUUCACAUUCCGUUAAUCAGUGCGGAACGAGCUUGGGCUUACGCCAUGCAGCUAAAGCAGGAAUCAAAUACUGAACCACGUAAACGUUUCCAUUUAGUCAGUAAAUUAAGAAAAGCUUGUUCUUACGCUCUGCAUUUGCAGGAAUUGUGCAAUUCCGAAGCGUUUGAUGCUCGUACAAAAUUGGAAUGUGAAGCAUAUGUGUCAUGGAUGCAUGGAACUUUGCACUUUGAAUUGCAGCUAUGGAAGACUGCAGGAGAACAUUUGAAACGGGCACAAGUUGUCUAUGAAAAUUUGACAAAGGCUUUGCCAGAAGAUGAACAGGAGUUGUAUCGUGCCAAGGUGAACGAAUUUACACCUAAUUUGCGCUACUGUGCUUACAACAUAAGUGGUGGCCGUGCCGCUGGCGGAAAUAUGGAUGAUUUGUUGGAGUUCCAUGCACAAGGUUUACUUGAAAAUCUUGAUGAUCUUGUUAACAAGACCAAAACUGAGAGCAGCGAAGGCCUGCAAACCAUUGAAUGGCGUGGUCGUAAAGUUACUGUUCGUCCGGAAAAGGUACGUCUGUUUUUGCUAAGCGCUCAGGAAUUAGACAAGGGUCUUGAGAAGACUUCAAAGGUGGAUUCGAAGAUAGAAUUAAUCGAACGUACUCUUAUGGACUGCAAGGAUGCCAUACAGGCUGUAAAGGAAGAAAUAAAGCAGGAUCCCAAAUUACGUUCGUUGACCACAGGACAAACUGUGUCCGGUGUCCAAUAUCUUUUGGCAUAUCUGUCGUACAUUCGCCAUAGUCGUACUUUACAACGUAAUUUGUGUUUGGUCGAGCAAGCUAAGGCAAGUUUUGAUGAUCCCAAUCAAAAAUCUGAACUCAAUGUGGUCGAGGGAAAGCGAGUGCGUCCUCAGGAUUUAACUCGUUUGUAUGAGAUCAUAUUGCAGAACGUAACUGAAAUGCAGCAAAUCAACGGUAUGGAAGAUGAUUCAGUCUACCAAGCCGAGGUAGAAAACUUGGCUUUGACGUUUAAGGCAUUCCGCUGCUACUACAUUGCACUCACUCUUAUCGACAUGAAGAAAUGGAAGGAAGCUGUUGCUCUGUAUGAACGUUCUUCAAAUUAUGCAAAUGAAGCCCUAAAGAACAAACCCAGUACAGAAUUCAAUAUGGCCAACGAUUUAAAGAAACUAAUUUCAAUUAUUGACAGUUGCAAGUUCUCAGCUCAUGCAUACAGUGUUCUCGAAGAUGACAAUUCGGAUGAUCCUAUUUUUACCUCUAAAUCACAGAAAUCAUCUAAGCCUCUGUUCGAACGUCUAUCACAAUACAAAGAGGACCAAUCGUUGCACACAAAGAACCCCAAUGUAUUCAAAAUGACACCAGAAAUGGAGGCCAUUCCCUGUAAACCACUAUUCUUUGACUUAGCACUAAAUUAUGUUGAGUUCCCAUCACUGGAGGAUAAACUUCAAUCGCCUGGAAAGAAGGGUAUAUCUGGAUUUGUUAAAGGUUUUCUUGGCUGGGGUGGUAACAAGUAAACGAAGUAAUUUCAUCAUGUUUUUAUUACUAUUUUAUAAUUUGUUGAUACAAAACACCAUUAUUAUUCCAAAACAAAAUAGCCGCAUUCAAACCUAACAAAACCGUGUUAGUUAUUACACGAUUUUUUCUUUUUGAAUACUGUAGUAAAUACAUGUUCAGUGGAAAUAAAUUUUAGAACACGUUGCAUUAAAAUUUAUAAAAAAAACACUGCAAUUGAUACAUUGAUUAUUUCGUAUUAAGCUAUAUUAUCAGUUAGUGGUAUUUUAUAUAUUUUUAUUAAACUUAAAAACAAAUUUAUCAAUUUCUUGUACUCUUUCCAUAUUUAUAAUACACAAACACUUGGUUGCUCUAAAAGAAUUCAACAAAUUGCAUUUUACAGAA